UUGCUUCGAUCGCUUCUUUUGGUGAGCUCGAAUCCUCGCAAUCUACUUCAUCUUUGACCUACCCUGUAUAGAAGUCUGCUGUUCGUGCAACUGCUUCGAGUUGAUCUGGUAUCUGGUCGGCCAACACCGAUCCCUUGAUUGCCAUCCAUUUCACAUCCACUUUCACAUCCACAUCCCCUUCCGCUUAGUUGCCUGUACUUCUUUCCUCCACUCGCGCCACCAGCGUCUUCUCCGAUAGAACUUUGCCUCAGGAGCUUUCCCUCCCGGCGUCUUCUGCAGUCCUAAGCAUACUCUGAAGAUCUCUGCUUAACUUCAUAUCGCGUCUUUUGCUCGCCCCCUGCCCCAACAACACAAAUCUUCCCGUUGCUGCGUGCCGCUUUUUGCUCCCUUUUUUCAACACCGACCGCGGCCUCUUGUUGAAUCCCUCUUCACCCUCCGGUCGCUUUUCCCGGAGCCGCAUCUCUUGUCGCUAUUUACGCGCUUUAUCAUCACCUUCGGUAUUUGCGUCUUCUAAGUCAUCUUAUCUCGCGCGGCCUUCGACCUCUUCGUCCCCCCUCCCUCGCUCACCAGGGCCAUCCGGCCUGCUCCCGCCUCUCGACCUCGACUUCACCAGAUCCUGUUUGUCCGUAGGCGCCGCGUCAUCUAUCGUACACUGAACCGACCGCUCCGUUAGCUAUCCUCUCGCCUUCUUUUCUCGUCGCCGGACGCCUGUUUAACUAUUCUUUUUUUUUUUUUUCUUUUUCCCUUUCCUUUUUCCCCCUUUCAUUGCUUUCGGUAUCUCGUCCUUCGUUGGGGUAAAACGCCAUGGCCGAUCAGGACGUGGAUCUGGAUUCUAUCAUUGACAGACUGCUGGAGGUGAGGGGCAGCCGGCCCGGAAAGCAAGUCCAACUUCUGGAAUCGGAAAUCCGCUAUCUCUGCACAAAGGCGAGGGAAAUCUUUAUCUCUCAGCCCAUCCUACUUGAGUUGGAGGCACCUAUCAAGAUCUGCGGUGAUAUCCAUGGCCAAUACUACGACCUACUCCGCCUCUUCGAAUACGGUGGUUUCCCACCGGAAGCCAACUACCUCUUCCUCGGAGACUACGUUGACCGUGGCAAGCAGUCACUCGAGACGAUCUGCCUUCUUCUUGCCUACAAGAUCAAGUAUCCUGAGAAUUUCUUCGUUCUUCGGGGGAACCACGAGUGCGCUUCUAUCAACCGUAUUUACGGUUUCUACGAUGAGUGCAAGCGGAGGUAUAACAUCAAGCUGUGGAAGACCUUCACAGACUGUUUCAACUGCCUUCCCAUCGCGGCUAUCAUUGAUGAAAAAAUCUUUACCAUGCACGGUGGUUUGAGCCCUGACCUCAACUCCAUGGAACAGAUCCGCCGUGUCAUGCGUCCCACUGAUAUCCCCGAUUGCGGCCUCCUGUGUGACCUUCUAUGGUCCGAUCCUGACAAAGAUAUCACGGGAUGGAGCGAAAAUGACCGAGGUGUUUCAUUCACAUUUGGACCGGACGUAGUAUCGCGUUUCCUCCAGAAACAUGAUAUGGAUUUGAUAUGCCGCGCACAUCAAGUCGUUGAGGACGGCUACGAGUUCUUUUCCAAGAGGCAGCUGGUUACACUAUUCAGCGCUCCGAACUACUGUGGAGAGUUCGAUAAUGCUGGUGCAAUGAUGAGUGUGGAUGAGAGUUUAUUGUGCUCUUUCCAGAUUCUGAAACCAGCAGAGAAAAAACAAAAGUACGUUUACGGGGCAAUGAGCUCAGGCCGACCCAUCACUCCUCCGCGAAAGCAAAAGAAGUAAGCAUACGAGCUUUUCCAUGUUCAGCAGGUUCGGGCGGAGAUAGAAACGCCAUAUCCGCGUGAGUACACGAGAGAUUCAGCAUCCCACGACAUCGAUAUUAUUUGCAUUGAGACGAUCGGAAGUAACGACAUGACUCAACCUCUCGAGAGGACUAUACGACAUGCAGAGAAUCGCCACAAUUUCCUCCCCGCAUCCUAAAUUCCAGCGACUCCGACUUGACUCUUUACGCUGAUCAUGUUCUAUUUCUAUACGGAAGGUACUUUGUGCUCACAAUAGGGAUUGGUGUUCUCCUUUUCCUACUUCUUUUCCUCAUCUUCGCCGCCUUUUGUUCAUGUCUACCUCUUUUCUCAUUUCCUCAAUGCAUCCAUUUUACCUCUCGUUUAUGUGAAUUCAUUUACCAGAGGAAGGGAAGGCAACGGCUGCAUUUGGUGUUUCUAUUCGAUGUUCUUUCUGUGCUGCUGCUCCUCCCUGUGUUUACUGCUCUCCCGCCUCGUUCCUCU